AUGAAGAUGGUGAAGUUUGUAGUGCCUGACACCGUUCUGGACAUGGCACGUUCAUCUGUCCAUGAUGCGUACAAGGGCUGUGUUCCAGCGAUGUUGACGAAGGUGAAGGUGAACCUGAACGAUGAGAUUACAGCCAAUAUGGACGACUUUGGAAGUCAAUUUGGAACUGAAAAUUGUUUUGAAAUUGAAACAUGCUAUGGUGCCUCUGUGGAAAAAUAUACGAUCAUGGGGUCACUUGAGGCAGAGAUUUUGAUCCCUCCUUAUGAGAAAUUUAAAAUUGAGGAAGUGAAAAAUAGAAACACAGUCAAAGACCUGUGGUGCAAAGUUGUUUUCAAACUGAAAAGUGCAACAUAUCUAAGUGAUCUGAACUGUACUUUAGUGUAA